AAAUAUAAUGACUAGUGCAGUGAAUGAGAAAGGUAAGGAUGAGUAGGGAGGGGCAAAAGGAAACGAUGAGACAGCUAUAAGAGAGGGGGAAAGAGAGAAAAAGAGAGUAGACAAGUUGGCGCGUGAGCGAAUAAAUGAAAGAGAAAAAGAGAUAAAAAGAUAGUGCAAUAGAGAAUGGGAAUGGAUGGGAUGUGAUGUGAUGGCGGAUAUGGCAGGGGUAGGUCUCACUAGGCGGGUAACCCGCUGGCGGCAUUGGCAGGUAUGGCGAUGAUCACACGAGAAAUUCACCGUCGCGUUGCAAUGAACAAGUGAAUAAUAACGUCAUCGAGGUAAUCGUAGUCCUCGCAAAAUUGAUUAGGAAAAACGUUUACUUAACCACAGCCAAGAAAGUUGAUUGGCGAAUGCAAACUAAUGUAUGGAAACGAAACAAGAGUAGGAACGGUAUUGAUUCAAUGAUAUGUAUUAUCUCAUGAGUGCAUUAUUUAUCAUCAUCGGUGUAUUGGGGUUAAAUUAUCCCCUUCUUGCGAAUACCGAUGGAAAAUCGAAUUUAAUUAGCGUGGCAAAGUGUUGCGAACACAAUGAGCUUCUUGUCGACGACACGUGCACGCCAUUGACGGAAACGAAUGAGACGGAGUGGAGACCGGAAUUUAUAGAAGAGGUCAAUGGCUUUUCAAAAAAUAAAUUAAUUAAACCGAAUUAUCAAUUAAAGAUCGGAAGACCUAAAUGUCAGUCUAAUGAGCGUCAAUGGAAUGUAUAUCAUUAUCGAUCCGGUGACGAUCGACUUGCGAUAUUAACGAAUGGUGUCUUACGACAUUAUACUACUGAUUUAACAAAGGAAAAACAUGAAUACAAUAAUGUAUUUGGAUUUGAUGCUGCAAGUUCAACAGAUGAAGAUAAUUUUGAAACAGUAUCAAUUCAUUAUGAUUAUCCAUUCGGACAUUAUUGCGCUGACAAAGCAAUUUUGAGCAGAGAUCGAUUAGUAGCGAUGUAUGCAAUGAUUUGCGUACCUGAUGUAAUUGUUACAUGGUCAGAUACAAAUUAUUUGAUGAAACAUGCGAUUGAUCCUACCUUUCAUGCAAUAUCUAUAAUCAGUUAUCUAAUUGUCGCAGUUAUCUAUUUUGUUUUACCACAACUGCGUGAUCUUGUGGGAAACAUGAUAACUAGUAUGACUCUGUGCCUUAUAGCUGGUCAAUGUGCAUCAACAGUCAGAAUCUUUACGGAAUUUGGCAAUCACGUCAGUUUUAUGAUUGCUGAUACUGUCAUGUAUGUCUCCUUAUUAGCUGCAUUUUUUUGGUUAAAUGCCUUCGGUUAUUAUGUAUGGAGCACUUUUCGUUCACGAAAUGUAUUUUUAAGAGUUACUGAUGGUAGAAAAUAUUGUUAUUAUUCUACAUAUGUUUGGUGUUCAACAAUUAGCAUAGCUGGUACUGCAAUUUUUGCACAUUUUACUUUAGAAACUAAUAAACCUAUUAUUGGCGGAAAAAUGUAUCCACCUCAAGAAACGAUUGGUUGGCUUGGUAUUUCUGUACUAUUUACAUCAAUCGCAUUUACAAUAAUGAUUGAUUUAUGUUUCGUAUUAACAACCGCGAAUAAAAUAAAACGAAUGAGUACAUAUGGUCGAAUUCAUCAUAAAAUGAAAUAUAGCUUUAGAAUGUUUGUUUUCUUAUUUGUAACAAUGAGUACUGGUUGGUUAUCAUUACUAUUAUCGAAAUUAAAUUACGAAGCAUUAGAAUAUUGUCAUAUCAUCAUUAAUUUAUUAGAAGCAAUUUUAAUAUUAUACGUUUGUGUAUUCGGGCAGAGAAGAGUUACAUUUUUACUUAGUAAAACGUGUAACUGCUGUAAUUCAGGAGAAAAUGUCGAGGGUCUUGAUUGGGGUGAAGAAAUGACUGCCAUUAACGCGGGAUAUUAAAAACUAUGUAAAAUAUUUUUUAAUUUCAUGAAUAUUUCGAAAAAUAUAAAAGAUA